UUUUUUGUGGUUAUAAUGUGGUUGUACUGUCGGCGAAAUCGACCACUUUUGAACAACUUUUUUGUGGUCGUUAGAAGUCCGAACCGACGUCAAUAUAACCACACCGUAACCACAAAUAUGACUGUAAAAAUGGACUUUGAAGAGGAAGCACUAUUAUUACUUUUAUUACAGCGGAAAAUGCGGCGUCGUAAGAAGAGACAAUUUUGGGUCCAUCCUAUUAUUGAAAAUAAAAAUGAAAGUCAAUUUAAUUUGCUAUAUAAUUCAUUAAGAAUGUAUGAUGAUAAAUUUUUAAAUUAUUUUAGAAUGAGUAAAAAUUCAUUUGAUUAUUUAUUAUGUGAGUUAACGGAUAUUAUAAAACGAACAGACACAACCAUGAGAAAAAGCAUACCAGCUGACGAACGUCUCGCACUUACUAUAAGAUAUUUGGCAACCGGAUGUUCUUUUAAAGAGCUCCACUAUACAUAUAAAUGUGGUUCUACAACUGCUAGUGAAAUUGUCAGAGAUGUGUGCCGUCAGAUAUGGUUUAAAUUACAACCUAUUCAUUUAUCAAAACCAAACAAAGAAAAAUGGCAAGAUAUCGCACAACAAUUUAAAUCAAGAGCUAACUUUCCCAACUGCCUUGGAGCCGUGGAUGGAAAGCAUAUACGUAUCAUUCACCCACCAAAUAGUGGGUCCUUGUACUGGAAUUAUAAACAUUUUUUUUCAAUCGUAUUACUUGCAGUUUGCGAUUCAAAUUACUUAUUCACAUAUGUUGAUAUUGGAGCUUAUGGUAAAACGUCCGAUUCAACAAUAUGGAAGGAUAGCAGUUUAUAUAAAAAAAUGAAAAAAAAUGAAUUAGAUCUACCUGAUCCCGAAAUAAUCAGCAUGGAUGGAAAUCGCUUACCUUACGUAUUUAUCGGUGAUGAAGCUUUUGGGUUAAAUGAACAUAUGUUACGGCCAUAUAGUGGAAGGCAGAUAUCGGAAAAAAAACGUGUGUUCAACUAUAGACUUUCCAGAGCACGCAGAUACGUCGAAUGUUCGUUUGGAAUUCUAGCGAAUAAAUGGCGAAUACUCCAUAGACCACUCAAUGUGGCAGUUGACUUCGCAGAAGAUAUUGUUAAAGCAUGUGUUGUAUUACAUAAUAUAGUACGAAAGCAAGAUGGUUAUAACUACGAAGAUACUCUAAUGACACCGGAUUUUAUACCAUUUGAAAAUAACGAAGAAUAUCGUGUAGGCAGGUCAGUGAAUUUAGUCAGAGAUAAAUUUGCCGACUAUUUUAUAAGUCCAGAGGGUGAAUUACAUUGGCAGUAUACAAUGUAAUAUAGAAAUAAAUAAUAUGUGAUUUGUAUUGAGUAAUAAGUAUCUAGUAUUAAUAAUGUGUAAUAUUAUAUUAUAUAUUAUAUUAUAUUUAUUAAAUAAAUAGUUCUUACCGCAGUUAUUUUUGUCUUUUUGAUUCUUCGCUUCAAAAUCAUUAUAAAAUUUAAGACAAAGAGACUCCCAAGCUUUAGCUUUUGUAAUACGAUUACUAUAACUAUUUGAAGUAUAAUCCCAAAUACAUGGUAAAUUAUGCAAUUCUUCAAUAAACAAUUCUGUGUCAAAUGCGUCGUCGUUUUCACUUUGUUCGCUCAUAAUUUAUCUCGUAUUGAACACAGAACACGUGAACUACUGAACAACAACUAAAAAACCAACUCAACCAAUCGACAAAAUAAAUAUCAUAACACUAGUCAUAAAAUAAUAAUGAUAAUAAUAUAUGUAUAGAUUACAUGAUACAAAAUAAAGAUAACAAUGAUAUAAAGAUAGCAAUGAUAUUU